AAUUUAAAAGAAAAAGUAUACAAGACAGAGUAUUGAUUAAAAACCCAACAGAGGAUAACCCAUAUAUGGAAGAAGUAAAAAAUCUUUCAAUUCAAAAAGAAAUCCAAAACAUGGACAUGAAUGAAACCUGCUUACAAGAACAAGUAACAGAAGAAAUUACAUCAGAUUAUGAUAUGGAUAGCAAAACAGAUACU